GGUGUGUUUUUGAGUGAAAUCGCCAUCUACUCAUGGAUUGUGUUUCUGGAGACUGGAAGAUGUAGUAAGGUAACAUACCUCAUGUGAGGGACAAGAAAUGGCUCGCGCAGUUUAAUAUGGAGUCAGAAAAAGAAUUCUCAUACAAUGAACUGGGCAGGUUUAUAUGCCAUCUUAAGUGGCGUGAACCGUCACUCUACGGGAAUUGGACGCAUCUGGCUCUCUGUAGUCUUUAUCUUCAGGAUCAUGGUGCUUGUAGUGGCUGCAGAAAGUGUAUGGGGGGAUGAAAAGUCCGGAUUUACCUGCAACACCCAACAGCCUGGAUGUAACAGUGUUUGUUAUGACCAUUUCUUCCCCAUUUCUCACAUCCGUCUGUGGGCCCUUCAGCUGAUUAUUGUAUCCACACCUGCUCUACUUGUGGCCAUGCAUGUUGCACACCUCCAGCACCAGGAGAAGAGGAUUCUACGCAUGUCUGGUCAUGGAGACUCUUCCGAACUGGCAGAUGUAAAGAAGCAGAAGAUCCGUAUUUCUGGUUCUCUGUGGUGGACCUACACAGUGAGUGUGCUCUUCAGGAUUAUUUUUGAAGCAGCAUUCAUGUAUAUCUUUUACCUCAUUUACCCUGGCUAUGCCAUGAUCCGGCUUGUUAAGUGUGAGGAAUACCCCUGUCCUAACACUGUUGACUGUUUUGUGUCACGUCCCACAGAGAAGACCAUUUUUACAAUUUUCAUGUUGGCUGCCUCAGGUUUCUGCAUAAUUCUCAAUGUAGCGGAGUUGGUCUUUCUCGUUGCCCGGGCAUGUGCUCGCAGACAACAUCGUCGCCAAGACUCAUAUAAUGCCCAGGAGCAUAAACAGAAUGAAAUGAACACGCUUCUAUCAGGGGGCAGCCUUUUCAAGCGAGCACCUAGCAGCCAGGAGAAAGGAGAACACUGUGCUGCCUCCUAGGUGCCUCAGUGGUGGGUGGCACUGAGAUGGUAAAGCAGGCUGUAGGUGGAGUGAUCAUACUUGGGACUAGUUACAAGACUUUGCAAGGAGAUUUGCGAUUGCGAGCACAUGUAAGCAAGGAAGAAUUGAGAAGGGCAAGCAAAUUACCUAUUUCAUAAUGCAACAUUUGCACAAAUUGCAGUGGUUGUAUCCAAAUUGCCCAUUGGUUUUGGAUAUGUGUGUCCUUAUCACCACACUAUCACGUUGUCUUUUUUUUUACUCUGUCACAUCCUCUUUACCAACCAUGAGGUAUUAAUUGUGUCAUUAUUGCAGUGUUCUGAGAUUUCAAUAAGACUGAUGAUGGAAGAUCAAUGGGGAUGAGUAUUAGAGGGAGGGAAUGGAUUUUAUAGGG